CUUUCUUUCUUUCUUUCUUCCCGAGUAACCAGCAAGUCUCUCUUCAGAACACUUCAACGAAAACAGCCGUAUUCGUGUAUUCUGAACUGCGUCUACUUCUUCCACCGUUCUUUCCCUCUCAAUUUCCUUCUUCCCUAACAACUACCACCUCAACUAAGAACAGAGAAAGAAUAAAAAAAAAAAAAAAAAAAAAAAAAAAAAAAAAAAAAAAAUCCAAGGAUAAACAACUUACAUCCUCCCUCCCUCGAUCACCAUGUUUCUGAGUUUUUAAAAGAUUCAAGGGAGGGAAGAUAAGCAAGUAUGGCCGACUUUGUUGGUGAUUUUCUAGUAGAGCACUUCUCCCAGCUACUGGCAGAAGAAGCGAACUCCUUAAUUUGGUGGAGUUAAGGAUCGAGUCAAGUCGCUUCAUCAGGAGCUCAGAUGCUUUGAGGCCGUGGGAGGAUAAAGCAUAAAUGGCCACCGAUCUACUUACUCCCGUCGUACAUUACUUGGUCCAGCUAAUCGAUGAGGAAGCAAGACUCUUUGGUGGAGUGAAGGAUGAAGUCAGUUCACUUCAGGAGGAGCUCAGUUUCAUAUAUAACUACCUGGAUCCUUCCGAGGGGAAGCCGAAGGAGCAUGCCAUAUCGAAGGUGGUAAUCGGGCAAAUUAGGGAGAAGGCUUACGAGGCUGAGGAUGUAAUCGACACAUUCAUCCUCAACACCUCAAAACACAGGAGGAGGAACCCGCUGAAAAAGAUAAUUUAUGGGCCAGAGCACGCAAAAACGCUUCUCGAUGUAGCAAGGACGAUAGAAAGCCUCAACAAAGAAAUCAAUAAAAUCUUCGCCAAUAGCACAAAGUACGCCGGUGAAAGAGCUGAAGCUAGUGUAGAUGCAGAUCAGUCCGAGGCACUGCAGAGACGUAGGAGAGUAGUCGAAGAAGAUGACGUGGUGGGCUUCAAUAAUAACUUAAUGGCAUUGGAGAAGCUUUUUAAAGCAAACGGUGAAGAGCUUGAUGUCAUUUCAAUCAUCGGCAUGGGUGGGUUGGGGAAGACAACUCUUGCAAGGAAAAUCUAUAACACUACUCACUUCAGGUGGCGCUUCCCCCGCCGUGCUUGGGUGUAUGUAUCUCAACAUGACAAAACUCGAGAGCUGUUGUUUAAAAUUUUAAAGGAGAUGCCAAUAUCAGAUGAGUUGAGAAGGAAGGUCGAAGGCAUGGGGGAGGGUGAGUUAAAAGAGACGCUGUCCAAAUACUUGAGCGAGGAGAGUUACCUGGUAGUCAUGGACGACAUCUGGAAAACUGAUUUCUGGGAUGAGGUAAGAUCUGUAUUUCCUAAUAACUCUAAUGGAAGUAGAAUAUUGAUUACCAGUCGUAACAAAGCUGUGACUUCAAAAGCAAGCCAUACUCCUCCCUACAUUCUCCCAUUUCUCAAUAAAGAUGAAAGCUGGAAACUCUUUCAUAAGAAGGUAUUUCGAGGAGGAGAAUGUCGUCCCGAGUUAGAGCCUCUGGCGAGACAGCUAGCACAAGGCUGUUGUGGCUUACCACUUUCAAUUGUGGUAUUAGGGGGCCUUUUAGCAAACGAAAAGCAAGAAUUGCUAACAUGGUCAAAAUUUGUUCGAGUAAAUCGCUAUCUUACACAAUGCAAAGACAUACUAGCCUUGAGCUACACCUACUUGCCCCGGCACUUGAAACCUUGCUUUUUGUAUCUUGGUGCAUACCCAGAAGACUUAGAGAUUCCUGUAAGGCAAUUGAUUAAUCUAUGGGUAGCCGAGGGUUUCAUACAGCACACUCACAAUAUAGAUCACCUAGAAGAUGUUGCUGAAGACUACUUGGAGCAGCUCAUUGAUCGAAGCUUGAUCCAGGUGGCUAGCAAGAGGACAGACAGAAGAUCAGUAAAGACGUGUCGUAUCCAUGAUCUUUUACGAGAUCUCUGCAUAUCACAAAGUGUAGAAGAAAAGUUUCUCGAUAUCCGUACAGAAAUUAACCAUUUAUCUUCGAACAAAUCCCGCAGACUUUCCAUCCAAGGUAGCAUUGAUCCAUAUAUUUCUUCAAACCCCUCUCACCCUACAUUUACCCGUUCUUUGUUGUUUCUUGGCCAAGAUACAAAUGAUUUUGAUCCAAACCACUGGUCAUGGGUCCACGAAAACUUCAAGUUAGUUCGGGUGCUUAAUUUCGGACAUGUAAAUAUCUCCAUUCCCAGAAGCAUAGAAAGAUUGAUCCAUUUGAGGUACAUGGGUAUAAAAUCCGAUACAUUAAAAGUUAUUCCACCUUCCAUUUGCAACCUUACGAAUCUAGAAACGCUUGACAUGAGAGGUACUUUUCUGAAUCGUUUGCCAAAAGGGAUAUGGAAAAUGCGACGCUUAAAGAAUUUGUAUAUGUCUGGGGCAGUGAGUUUUCCUGAGGAUUUGGACCCAGAAGUUAAAGCUCUGUGGAGCCUUCAAGUCCUUUCUACUGUAUCCCUUACCCCACAAAAUGUACGUCUAAUUGUCGAGGCCAAGCUUGCUCAAAUAAGGAAAUUAGGAAUAUGGUUUGCGUCUAACGAGAGCAACAGCCAAGUAGUAGAUGUUUUGAAAAGCCUCAUCCACUUGCCUCAUCUUCAAACAUUGAAAAUUAUAAAUUGUUCAGAGCGCCCUGGUUUUCUGAUUUCAUAUCCGCCGAAAAUCACCAAAAUAACUUUGCGACAAGUGUGCUUUGAAGUCAGUGGCGGCAUGAAAGUGCUGGGAGAACUUCCCAAUCUUCUGAUACUGAAACUACAAAGAUGCUUGGUUUCUAAUAAUUGCCUCCAAGUCAUUGAAGGUUCAACCUUCCCUCAACUCGAAGUCUUAAAAUUAGAAAAUUUGAGAAUUAAAGAAUGGAAACAGGAGAGAGGCGCAUUCUUAUGCCUCAAGCAUUUGGUUAUCAAAGGAUGCACUGAGUUGACCGUCCUCCCUUCGGAACUCUGGAGUUUGUGUGCUUUGCGCGAUGUGGAGGUGUUAUGGAGCAACAUAGGAUCAGUAAUUACGCUUCAGGAAUCGCAGAGAAAUCUUGGGUUCAAUCUAUUGAUCGAUCCUCUUCCGGGUGACAACUUUUAUCAAUGAAACGCGCGCGUAUUGAUCUCCGGUCCGAUGACUUCAUCAAAGAGCUAGCAAGCUGAAAUUCUUUGGAAAUGAAAAUGGCGUUCCUUUCUAGUACUGAUGUUGAUUGUUGCAAGGCUUUCCCCGUUCAAUAAUUGAUCGAUGUUAUCAGGUUCAAGCAUGAACCGGCCGGCAAUUGGCUCUCCACGUUCAAUUACUGUUUUCCAAUCCUGGUUUGCUUCCUCAAUGGCUGGUGCUUCUCAUUUUGUAUUCUCCUCCCACAUUUUGUGGUUUGGCGUACUUUGUUGUUGGUGAUUAAUUAUUGAAGCAGGACUAUCAUGUAAGGAAUUAAUCCUCUUUGGGUAAUUGAAAGGGUUCGAUGCGUU